UGCUGAGCCCGCGUACGGGCUCCUGCCUCCGCGGCAGCAUCUUCAGCAGCAGCCUCAGCAUCAGCACCGGCGGGACAGCGACAGCGGGGGCGGCGCAGGCGCACUGUGCCCGGCGGAGCCUGCAGUUUCCCAACCCCGUGUGCGGCACCGCCACAGUCUGGGCAGCGGCGGCCGGGGGAGCGCUACUACCAUGAACUGCUUGGUCCUCCUCCCCAGAGCUGCUCAUCCGGGUCGGGCUGGAGACACAGUCAGGGGACCCCGCCGCCGCCGCCGUGCCCCCUUUUCUUUCAUCACCAUCUCCACUACCUUUUCCUCUUCUUCUUCCACCUUUUCUUUCUGCUUCCCCCCCUCCCCCGCCGCGGAUCCUGGCCGCUGCCCUCCAGACCCAGGAUGCCGGGGGGCAAGAGAGGGCUGGUGGCGCCGCAGAACACAUUUUUGGAGAACAUCGUCAGGCGCUCCAGUGAAUCAAGUUUCUUACUGGGAAACGCCCAAAUUGUGGACUGGCCUGUAGUUUACAGUAAUGACGGUUUUUGCAAACUCUCUGGGUAUCAUCGAGCUGACGUCAUGCAGAAGAGUAGCACUUGCAGUUUUAUGUAUGGAGAAUUGACCGACAAGAAGACCAUUGAGAAAGUCAGGCAGACUUUUGACAACUACGAGUCAAACUGUUUUGAAGUUCUUCUGUAUAAAAAAAACCGAACCCCUGUUUGGUUUUACAUGCAAAUUGCACCAAUAAGAAACGAGCAUGAGAAAGUGGUCUUGUUCCUGUGUACGUUCAAGGAUAUUACGCUGUUCAAACAACCGAUAGAGGAUGAUUCAACAAAAGGUUGGACAAAAUUUGCCCGAUUGACACGGGCUUUGACAAACAGCCGAAGUGUUUUACAGCAGCUCACGCCAAUGAAUAAAACAGAGACAGUCCACAAACAUUCACGACUAGCUGAAGUUCUUCAGCUGGGGUCAGACAUCCUUCCUCAGUACAAACAAGAAGCGCCAAAGACGCCGCCACACAUCAUUUUACACUACUGUGCUUUUAAAACUACCUGGGAUUGGGUGAUUUUAAUUCUUACCUUCUACACCGCCAUCAUGGUUCCUUACAACGUUUCCUUUAAAACAAAACAGAACAAUAUAGCCUGGCUGGUGUUGGACAGUGUGGUGGACGUUAUUUUUCUGGUUGACAUCGUUUUAAAUUUUCACACGACUUUUGUGGGGCCGGGUGGAGAGGUCAUUUCUGACCCAAAGCUCAUAAGGAUGAACUAUCUGAAAACUUGGUUUGUGAUCGAUCUGCUGUCCUGUUUACCUUAUGACAUCAUCAAUGCCUUCGAGAAUGUGGAUGAGGGGAUCAGCAGUCUCUUCAGUUCUUUAAAGGUGGUGCGGCUCUUACGCCUGGGCCGUGUUGCUAGGAAACUGGACCACUACUUGGAGUAUGGAGCUGCGGUCCUCGUGCUCUUGGUGUGUGUGUUUGGAUUGGUUGCCCACUGGCUGGCCUGCAUCUGGUACAGCAUUGGAGACUACGAGGUCAUUGAUGAAGUCACCAACACCAUUCAGAUAGACAGCUGGCUCUACCAGUUGGCCUUGAGCAUUGGGACUCCAUAUCGCUACAAUACCAGUGCAGGGAUCUGGGAAGGAGGACCCAGCAAGGACUCUCUGUAUGUAUCCUCCCUCUACUUCACCAUGACGAGCCUUACAACCAUAGGAUUUGGAAACAUAGCUCCAACCACAGAUGUGGAGAAGAUGUUCUCGGUAGCCAUGAUGAUGGUUGGCUCUCUUCUUUAUGCAACUAUUUUUGGAAAUGUUACCACAAUUUUCCAGCAAAUGUAUGCCAACACCAACCGUUACCACGAGAUGCUGAAUAAUGUUCGAGAUUUCCUGAAAUUGUAUCAGGUCCCCAAAGGCCUUAGUGAACGAGUGAUGGAUUAUAUUGUCUCGACAUGGUCGAUGUCAAAAGGCAUCGACACGGAGAAGGUCCUCUCCAUAUGUCCCAAGGACAUGAGAGCUGACAUCUGUGUUCAUCUGAACCGGAAGGUUUUUAACGAACAUCCUGCAUUCCGAUUGGCCAGCGAUGGGUGCCUGCGUGCCUUGGCAGUGGAGUUCCAAACCAUUCACUGUGCUCCUGGGGACCUGAUUUACCACGCUGGAGAAAGUGUGGAUGCCCUCUGCUUUGUGGUGUCGGGAUCCCUGGAAGUUAUCCAGGAUGACGAGGUGGUGGCUAUUUUAGGGAAAGGCGAUGUGUUUGGAGACAUCUUCUGGAAGGAAACCACCCUUGCUCAUGCUUGUGCCAAUGUCCGGGCCCUGACUUACUGUGACCUGCACAUCAUUAAGCGAGAAGCCUUGCUCAAGGUCCUUGACUUCUACACAGCGUUUGCAAACUCAUUUUCAAGGAACCUCACUCUCACUUGCAAUCUAAGGAAGCGGAUCAUCUUCCGUAAAAUUAGUGAUGUGAAGAAGGAGGAAGAGGAGAGGCUGCGGCAGAAGAAUGAGGUGACUCUCAGCAUCCCUGUGGACCACCCAGUCAGGAAGCUCUUCCAGAAGUUCAAGCAGCAGAAGGAACUGAGGAACCAGGGCUCAGUGCAAAGUGACCCUGAGAGGAGCCAGCUUCAGGUAGAGAGCCGCCCUUUGCAGAACGGAGCCUCCAUCACAGGUACGAGUGUGGUCACCGUGUCACAGAUCACCCCCAUCCAGACUUCUCUGGCCUGUGUGAGAACCAGUGAGUCCCUUAAGCAGAACAACCGUGAUGCCAUGGAACUGAAGCCCAAUGGCGGUGCUGAGCAAAAAUGUCUCAAAGUCAACAGCCCCAUCAGAAUGAAAAAUGGGAAUGGGAAAGGGUGGCUAAGAUUGAAGAACAACAUGGGGGCUCACGAGGAGAAAAAGGAAGACUGGAAUAAUGUCACCAAGGCUGAGUCGAUGGGGCUGUUGUCAGAGGACCCCAAAAGCAGUGACUCGGAGAACAGUGUGACCAAGAACCCGCUAAGGAAAACAGAUUCUUGUGACAGUGGGAUUACAAAAAGUGACCUUCGUUUGGAUAAAGCUGGCGAGGCCCGAAGUCCUCUGGAACACAGUCCUAUCCAGGCAGAUGCCAAGCACCCUUUUUACCCCAUCCCUGAGCAGGCCUUACAAACCACACUGCAGGAAGUAAAACACGAACUUAAAGAGGACAUCCAGCUGCUGAGCUGCAGAAUGACUGCCCUGGAAAAGCAGGUGGCAGAGAUUUUAAAACUACUCUCAGAGAAAAGUAUACCCCAGACCUCCUCUCCAAAACCCCAAAUGCCACUCCAAGUACCUCCCCAAAUACCAUGUCAGGAUAUUUUUAGUGUGUCAAGGCCUGAGUCACCUGAAUCUGACAAAGAUGAAAUCAACUUUUAAUAUAUGAAUAUAUAUACAUAUAUAUUUGUCAAUAUAUUUAAAAAUGGUAUAUACAUCUAUAUACAUACAUGUGUAUAUAUAGUAUAUACAUAUAUAUUUUCACUUGCUUUCAAUAUGAUGAACACAAUAUGGAUUUUGAUAUGUACAUACUGCAUGUCCAGCUGGAUUCUGGCCUGCCAAAGAAGAUUAUUCAAAACAUAGAUAUUGCUUGUAUAUUAUGCAGUUGACUGCAUGCACACUUUACAUUUAUUUAUAAUCUCUAUUCUGUAAUAAAAAAGUAUGAAUUUUGUUAACUAAGGCAAUGUAAUCUUUGAAGAAUCAGGGUCCAACCUGCCAAUGUUGCCAUGACAAACUUGAUCUCAGGCUGAGUAUAUCGAGCUGUCAUUUCUUCACUAUUCUGUUUAUUUAAAAUUAUAGAUUAAUGUCAAGGGAGAGUUCAGCUUCUAAAGCUGUCAGACCAUUUUACGAUCUCAUGCCAUAGGGUAUUUUUCUGUAACUUAGUGUUAGGUUCUUUUUCCCUACAGGCAAUGUUUGCUCCAUUGAAAUGACUGUGUUUUUGCCUACAUCUGAUGCCAGUGUCGGAUACUGAGAACUUACUGCUAUGGGUUUUGUGCAUGUACUGCUUUUCCACUCAAUGAUACCUCUCCUUUUUAGCAUUGUAUUAGUAGUAAUCAUUAGCUCUUAUGGAAAGAAUUCCCUGCUCCCUCCGUCUUGGAGAACAACUGUCAUUUUGGGAGCUGACAUUAUCAACACCAUAAAUACUCAAUUGUUAAUAUAGUGUACAUUAUUAUAGAAACACUGCACCACAGGGUAUAAGAGCCUUUUAACAGUGUGUUAGAUAUCCUGAUUGUCCAAAAGGCGAUGAAUGGUCUACAUUUAUGUUUCCACAGCUUGUUCAAAAGGGGGCGUUGAAAGGCUCUUAGCAAAGAAACAUAUCAGAAUUUUAACUGUUAAUGAUAUACUUUUUUAAAAAGAACAUAAGCAACUAAACAUGUUUUAAUUGCACCUCUGUGGCUUAGGAAGAAUGAAAUAUAGGUACAGAAAUGCUGACACAUGAUUUCGGUUGCUUGAAGAGGUGAUAGAUAAAUAACCAGCCUAGAAGGAUAACUGCUUUUCUAUGACUGUAUUCUGGGUACAAAUGUCCCUAAGCUUUUGCACACAGUUGCAUUGCUGGCUUUCUGUUGGGUUGAUAACAAUAGACCACCAUGGCUCAGGAAGACCCACUCACAAAAGGCUUAUGGGGCUGAACGUCAUAGUCUUUUGAGGAAAAAUUCCUCUUCUGAGAAAGUGCCUAUUGUCAACCAAGAGACGUCACAAAUGUUGCUCUGUCUAUAUUUAGGCCCUCAGAUGAUAACACUCAAAAGGAAAUGCAGACCCCUCUUGAGAACCCAUGGAGGCUGUUUCUUAUCAGUCCAGGAGUUCCUGAAGUUCUUCCUGGGCACGUGCAUUUUCAGUUGGUGUAGGCAUAAAAUUUAAUAUCAAGAGUUAGGAAGCUGGUGUUUGCAUUAACCUGCAAAUGUAUGCCAGUCAUUUGUGUAUUGCUAGGCUACGCAUAUACGUGCAUUAUAUAUGCCUAUAUACACAGGUGAAUAUGCAAAAGGUGGUGACAAAAAUCAAAGAAAAAAAAAUUUGUUCUUUUAUACUCAAUUUUAUGUGCUUUUCUAUCUUCCAGUCUCUCUAAAGUUAUAGAAAGGAGAGUUACCACAGUCAUACUGGAGAAGUAUAAAACAGGAAAUACAUUUAAAGUUCUUCACAUAAGAUGUGCCCCUUUGUUCUAGGACUCCUGGAAUGUGUAUUAGUUACAGUGGAUUAAGGUUCCUUUACUUUCCAUUACUCAAAAUGGACAUUUCCAGGGCCAGAUAUUUCUGUGUUCUGCUAAGAUAACCUACCUGCCACAGGCAAAAGGAAGCGAAAUUACAAAAUUAGCCUUAAAAUUGAGGUUUGGGGGCAUUGUUUUAGCUUUUGCACUUGGAAGAGACCUUGUCCUUGACUUCACAGACUACUGGGUUCUAGAGUGUUUUCUUCUUUGUUAAAGUCAAGUGUGACAAAUACCUUUAAAGCUGAAUGGGUGAUUAGAAAAAACAUGAGUGCAGAAACCAUUGUUCUGACUUUAGCUGCAUUCAGAGCCAACAGCUGGUCUCAAGCUGUAAGAGAGUCACUGGCGCAGGAAACGGGUUUGAAAUGGAACACAUGCCUUUUCGUAUCAGGCUUACAAACCUUUGCCAGGAUCUGACAAUGACUCAGACAGUUUCAGCUAACGACUUACAGCUUUGGCCAUAAUGAGAUUUCUAUCUAAACACAUGUUCCCAUAGGUGGGAAAGAAGCAUAAUGGUUUUUUGAACUACGCCAGGCCUUCAGUAGGGUAGGAAAGUAUCAAUUGCUUAUUUUGUUGGUGCAGUUUCCACAGAAUUCUUUUCCAGACCCCUGUCCUCUGUGUGCAUGACACGAUGUGGUGCUGAAUGCACUCUGCACAUAUUCGGCAAACGUUGUAUAUAGUCUUAGGUUUCCAGAUUUUAAAAUUCUCCACAGUAGAAUUUAGUCAGACCUUAACGAAGGGUGAGAGCUUGCUUGCACACAUGUGCUAAUGAUACAUCACAUGUAUCAUGACUCUGGGUAGCCUCAGCCAGCACGCAAACAGUGCAGGCUCUUUGUGGGACCAGCUGACUGCAUGUUUUAGUCCUACACUGUAUAGGUGCUCUUGAUGCAUCCGGAAUAUUUUUUUAUUAUUAUACUUCUGAACAAAGUACUAAUAGGAUUAAGUGGACAUGUCUUUGAAAUGAAAACAUUUUGCAAAGCAAUCUAUCCAUCUUUAACUCUGUCAUGAUGCUAUGACGGUGGAAGAUGAGACACUGUAUUCUGGGCAGGUGGUUUUAUGACAAGUAUCAGGAGAGCCUCGCACUGAAUGUGAUUUGGCGACAGAAGAGCUUGUAAUAAAGGACGAAUAGAAGCCCCAAAAGUAGAAAAAAGCGUCAAAGCUCAUAGUGCCUCCCAUUUACAUCAGUGACUUUGAAGUAGUUCAGGAAUAGUGGUCGAAUUCACACUCAAACUUCAUUCUUUUUUUUAAAGUUGAAAAUUAAUAUUUAUUUCAAAAUAUCUAAAAUUAUAGUCUCCUGAUUUUUUUAAUUUUUAAACUAUCUUUUUUUUUACAACCAAUCACAGUUCCCUCUCCCUCCCAUCUUCCUGCUACCCACAAACUCUCCCCACCAUACCCCCAUCCACUCCUCAGAGAGGUGAGGCCUCCCAUGUGACAGACAUAAAGGCUUUCAUAUCACUUGAGGCAGGACCAAGGGCCUCCCCCCUGUAUCUAGGCUGAGUAAGGUAUCUCUCCAGAGGGAAUGGGCUCCAAAGAGCCAGUACAUGCCGUAGGGACAAAUACUGAUUCCACAGCUAGUGGCCCCACAAACUACCUAAGUCACACAACUGUCACCCACACUUAGAGGGCCUAGUUUGUUCUUAAGCAGGUUCCCCAGCUGCCAGUCUCACUAGUCGGGUCAGAUGUUUCUGUGGGUUUCCCCAUCGUAAUCUUGGUCCUUCUGUUCAUAAUAGUGGUCCCCGGUCUCUAUGGCUGGACUCCAGGAGUUCAGCCCAGUGCUUAGCUGUGGAUGUCUGAACCUGCUUCCAUCAGUUACUAGAUGAAGGUUCUGUGAUUACAAUUCAGGUAGUCAUGAAUCUGAUUACAGGGGAAGGGUAUUUUAGUACUCUUUCCACUAUUAGAUUCUUAGCUGGAGUCAUUCUUGUGGAUUCGAAGGCUAGGCUCACAACCAAACUUCAUUCUUUAAGGAAUUUCAUUUUCAUUACAAACCUGGUUGCACAUUUGUUGCAGUUGAGAAAAUUUCCUACAACUUUGCAUUGAAUGUGGGGUUUUAAAUGGCUCCUAGAACAAUGACCUACUCAGUGGUACCCAGUACUUUAAUAAGAAUGUCAAUUAUAAGAGCAAACCAAAAUGAAAGUUUGAAAAUUAGUCUAACUGGACUCCAAAUACAAGUCACAUGGGAUUUAAGGAGAUAUUGUUUACCUGUGAGAACCCGUGAAACUUCAGAAUUCUUUUGGAAAAACCUGUUGCUUUUGUUUGAUUUUGUUUAAGUUAAUCUUCAAAGAAGUGCCUGGAAUUGUGCAGCAGCUGGUCCUUGUGAAAUUGUCCUUUUUAAAAGUUUUGAGGUUAUAAUUUAAUUAUAAUAUUUUCCCUUCCCUUUCCUCCCUCCAAACCCUUCCAUAUACCCCUCUAUCCUCUCUCUCCUUCCAAUUCAUGGCCUCUUUUUCCACUAACUUAGUUGUUGCUGAAUUUUACUACCAUGUAUCAUUUUUCUUUUUAAAGUUAUUUUCUGAGUCCCCCACUCCCAGUGUUUCAUGUAGAGAAAGAGAAAAUUUGUCUGGAUCUACCACACAUAGAUACCUCUAAAAUGAGCAUUUUCUUAGGUGAGUGCUGUGCUUUGAUAUGUUUCUUAGAUGUGAGUAUGCUCCUGGGAUUCUGUUGGAAAGGGAGAGAAGAAAGUAUGCUUAAAAUUUAAAUAUCAGUGGGUGCCAUCUCUGAUUCUGAUCCCAGCUCUGUCAAUCUAGCAAAGUUUGGAUAACUAUCUUUAGCGUGCUGUUUUUCUGUCUCAGUUUUCCAAACAUUUAGUACUAAAACAAAGGCUCCAAAUACUCCCAGGUUCUAUCAAGCUGUUAUUAGGUCAAGGGGAAGUCACUUUUUUUUAAACAGGAAAACUACAUUAGUUAUUUGAAAGGGCACUAAAAUCUGCUCGUGUUGUGUGUCCUUAGUGACAGUGCUUUAAUUGAGAAAUUGAUGGGAUUGUUAUUGUUAGAAUUCAAGGAAGCAAUGUUCAAUUCAUAGACAUUUGAUUUUUGAACGGAAGGCAAUUUUGUUAAUGUUUUCUCAUUCUACAAAGAAGCUUUUGUCCUCAGGGUUCCACACAAAGUCGUUUUGUUAUAUUUGCUGUGAUGGCUCAGGGUAAGAAAAGAACAAGAACACUAACAGAAAGGGGACUUCUUUUUUCAACAGAAAGAACAUUUAUGUUUAGAUUUCUCACUGGGUUUUGUUAGGAUUCUCACCUAACUGCAAUUUAAAAAUAUGUUUCCAACUAAGAAUUUACUAGGACUUUUUUGAAGUACACAUAGUUGCAAGCAUCAAAAAAUUAUUAGCUUUAAAGGUCUUUAAAAAUUAAACCUUAGAGUCAAAGGGGGCUAAAAAUGUCAUUGGCCCCAACUUUUUGCUUUCUACUGUAUCCUCUAUUUGCUAAACAAUUAGUAAUAUUUAUAUUUUUUAUCCACUGUAUGACAGCAUUACAGCUAACAGUUGCUUUAACAUACACAUACUUUCCACCAGUUUCCUUUGAGUAGAAACAGUCAAGCAAAAGGAAAACAUGACUACCCCUUUCCUAGAGUCAGCAUGUAUUUUCCUGACUGGCACACCCCCCUGAAAAAGGCAAAAGAACAACAUAUAUGUAUUCUAAAUCUUAAAGAGUUUUUAAACAUUGAGAUGAUAUCAGUUCCUAAACUUGGCUCAACUCUAGCAAUUGAACAAGAAAUAAAGUCAGAUGCCUCUGUGCUGAAUAGAUUCAUCUUUACUGUUAGUUUUUCUUUUCUAAACAAAGAACUCACCCAUAAGCUGACUCAAGUCCCCAGACGAGAAUUGGGUGAAAUGUGGUCUUGACAGUGAAGUUCCAGAGUUGUCACUUUUUGAUGACCUGUCCUUGAUUUCCAUGUCUCUCCAUUCUAAAGCUUAGAUUGUCACUAAAGUAUUUUCAGAUUUCACUUAUUUGAAAGAUUUAUCAUCCAUAGCUCAAUAUUAACAAGGAUUUGUGGUCUUUUUGUUACUCUCUAUUCACCUCUGUUUUCCUGUGCUAAAACAUAAAUUAAGUUUCCACACAUUUAUAGAGGUUCUCUUUGUAUCUCCUGGACUUGACUCAACUUUUCUCAUUUAGGAGAUUUCUAGAAUGAGACACUCAGAUGUUAAGUCGGUUGACUUUUAAAAAUUAAGACAAAGAAACGCUUUCUCUAAAGCUAAAAUAUUUUAAGUAACAAAUUAAUUAAUUGAAUAGUGAUACCCAAUUAUAUCCAAUACAUCCAUGUGUUAGGCUGUGCCCCUUUAAAUUGUGAUUAAUAACUUUAAUUUUCAAAGUAUUUUAUGCUCAAUCGAUGCUUCUUAGCUAUCUGAGAAGGGUCGUGUCCAAAGGUCCUGAAGCAAGAUGGGAUUCUCUCACACUAUUCUUUUAUCUCUUAUACCUCAAAAACACUCAGGAAGGCCAACAUACACAGAGCGUUUCCUCGCUUAAGUUAUCUAUAGAGUACUAAAGUUGAUUGGACUCAAUGAUGAAGUUGGGCAUGUUUGUGAAUUUGGAUAUAGAAAGAAUAGGUUAGCCCAAACUUGUUUAUAUGGCAAUAGAAGUUGUGGCUGGUUCUAGAUUAUCAUUAAAGUGCCGAGUCAUGCUAUGUAAGGAAGAGCCAUGAAUCAGAAAUUUUAAAGUACCUACUGUGUGUCAUCUGUCUUGAGAGUACUCGUAUGCUCUGUAAUUUAAGAUUUUCUGUCUCUUGCUUCUUCAUGCAAGGUGAUUUGCAUGCUUUGUGGGAGUCAAAACCACUCAGGGAUUGGAUAAUGAACCAGAGAUAGCACAGCCUAGCGGAGAGAAGUUAGCUCUGUGUGCUUCUUUCCCCUUAGAUCUAGAAGUAAGUGAAUGUUAGUUAGGUUCAUAGUUACUGAGUAUUCCCUGCACUAAUCAAGUUAAACAAUCAUAUUUAAUUCUGCAGCAUUCCUAUGAAGAAGUAAAUAAAGGAACUUAAGUAGGAUUGUAGUACCUAAUUAAUAAACAACAGAUCAAUAAAGCUGGUAUUCAAACACAAGCAGUUGGACCUUAGGAAAAUGUCUUCCUGCAUAAUCCUAAGGCUGUAAGGACAGACUCUUCCAGCAUAAAUUCCAAUUUUUUUUCAGGAUAUAUACAGUUAAAGAUUCUCUAAAUAAAAAGAAUUAAAACAAAACAAAACUGUAGCCUGUAACGUCAAUGCUUGACUUUCCUAGUGGCCAGAGUAAAUGGCAGAGGUUGAGAACUAUUGUGAAUAAAAUCAGCCAUGAUCUAAAAACUGAAUUUUCCUUCCCUUCUCCCAGCAGCUGACAGGCACCAAUGGGGGAACUGGGAAAUGUAGUUACAAUAAGAGACAAAUGUGACACAUGACGGGUGUGAGUACUUUAUGUUGUCCUUCCCAGAUGAAUUUUCACCUAAGAG